GGUUGAGCUCGUCGAACGUAAGCAAUAAAAAUGCGCACUUCUACUUCGUCUUAUAUCGUGGUUGUAGUUCGUUCGUAGAUUUUGUCGACCUUUAAAGUUUUAAGCCAUGCUGACAUCGAAGUUGUCCGUGAGCGCCAAAUCUGUCUUCAACUCCUAUGUGGUGCGAAGGAAUUUUGGCGCCUGUUCCACGUUGAUGGCAGCCAAAUCCCCCACGGAUCCCAUCCAGAAGCUUUUCCUCGACAAACUCAAAGAAUACACCAGACUCAGCAGUGGAGGAAAAUUAGUGGAUAUGACGCCAGAGAAACAGAAGGCUUUUGACGAAACGUUGAACAACCUAAAGAAUCAGUAUGGUGCUGGAAAAGGAGAAGACUUCACUAAAUUUCCAACUUUUAAUUUCCCAGAGCCAAAAUUAGAUCCUAUCAACAUGGAAGAAAGGUCUCAAUAGCUUGUUUAAUUUUCUAGCCUAGAAAUUGUUCGUCAACAUUGUAGUUCCCUAUGUAAUUAUGCCAUUUGUAAUAAAGGACUAA